UGAAUUUUCUACGAAGCAUACGUCAAAAAUGCUAAAAUGUCUUUUUUGGCAUUUUCAGUGACAAAUUCAUUUUGUUGGUAUAUUUCGUAGUAUCUGAUUAAUAAUUUCAAAUGGAAUCUGAAGAAUUUUACGACUCUUUAGAAGAUGACUCGGAAUACGAUAGUAUAGAUAACUCAAUAGACAAGGAGCAGCAGCACCUGAACCCCCCCACGGACAAAUCGGAUGAUAUAAUUCCUUUCUACGACAAAGACUUGAGUAGGAGCGAAAUAAAUUUGAGUAAAAGUUCCUCGAGAUGUAGCGCUGUACUGACUGGAAAAAAAACCGCAAAUAAGUCACUGAAGAAGACUUCUGAAAACGAUGGUAAAUUGAAAAGUAACUCCUACUUGAGUAUGUUUCUUGCAAAAACUAACGCUGGUGUAGGUGAGUUGAGAAAAUCACCUGGCAGAUGUGCAAUGGAGCGGUUGAAUUUAACCUCGAGAAGUUCUGUUGACUCUGAUAAAUUUGAAGUGAAUUCGUUGUACCUAAAAUUUGAAGAAACAUCAGAUUCAAGCUUGGAUAACCAUUCUACGCUGAGAGAGAUUCCCGAAUUGGUUCUGUCUAUCCCGGACUCAGAAAUGAAAUUGAAAAAUGUUCCAGAAAAAAAGUCCGUCAAACCCAAACGAAAAUGUAGAUCCCCUCAAACUAUAACGACAAAAAUUCCCGAGCUGGGAAAAUUGGGUCCAGAAAUUCCUACAGAUAAGUUAGAGUUACUGAGACGGAGACAGCAAUAUGGAAAGCGAGUUAGCCAAACCAAUAGAAUUAAAAUGGUAGAGAAGAAAGCACUGCAAAAUCUACAACAGGAAAUCAGAAACUCUCGCAUUUGUUUAUAAAAAAAGCAUAAAAAAGUCGAAAUACUGAUUAUGGAAAAUUAAAUCAUCUUAUGAUAAAGCAG